AUGUGUACUGAUAAUAAUAAUGAAAAUAGCAGACCAGUAACACCAUCAGAGGAAGAUUGUUGUCAUAGUGCAUGUGAUCCUUGUAUUUUUGAUAUACACAAAAAAUUGCUCGAAGAAUAUGAAAGAAGAAAGAAACAAAGCAUAAAAAUACAAAACAAACCAAAUAUAUUACAUUUAUGUUCAUACAGAAAUUUUGUAGUUUUUAAUGUACAAGAACUAUCCGAAUGUUACAUUUUACUUGUUUUGAAAUACAAUGAAAAUAAUUAUGAAGAUUGCAGAAUAUUAAUUGAUCCAGGACAACAUGUUGUAUUACAUAUACAUGAUACUGCCAAACCAUACACACCAAUUUUUUUUACAGAUGACUCUAUUGAAUUUCUAAUUAGACUUUAUCCAAAUGGAAAAUUUAGUCAAUACCUAAAAAACGUAGAAGUAGGUGAUAUAAUUCGUGUUAGAGGGCCAUAUGGAAAUUUUAAAUAUGAAAACAAUAGUUUUCAAACAAUUGUUAUGUUUAGUAUGGGAUCUGGAAUAACUCCAGUUUAUUCUAUGGCAAAAUCAAUUAUAGACAAUGAACUCGAAGAAACAAAAGUUCAUCUCAUUGGAGGAUUUAAAAACAUAUCUCAGAUCCCUCUAAAAAGAGAAUUACAAACCUUAUCAGAUUAUUGGAAUUUCCAAUGUACAUUAUACAUAUCACAAAUACAAAAUGUUUGCAGGCUUCAUGGUAUAAAUGUAAAAUCUGAAAAAUUAGAUCAAAAAUCAAUCUUUGAAACACUUGAAAAUAAAGAAGCUAGUACUACAUUAAUCUUAAUAUGUGGCACUAAUCAAUUUAAUAGAUUUGUUGAACAGUCGGUAAAAUGCAUGAAUUACACACAUAUACACGUGUUUCAAUGA